AGACUCUCUGGACUGUUGGUAACAGAAAAAAUCUGCAGAGUAUUGAGGGACAAACUGGAGCCAGAAACAGAUGAUGGGAUGCAGAUGUUAAACAGCAGGUGCAGGCUACACAAUUUACUACACUGACAGCAAAAGAAGAAGGCCAGCUGGUCUAUUUAUAGCAGAGUCCCUCAGAGUCUCCGACCUGAUCCGUCACUAUCCUGCAGGCAGUGCUGCACGCCGUUGCACUUCCAACACCUCUGGACAGUCCGCCAUCAUGCCUGGGAGUCAGACUCGAAGUCGGGCUAGAGAAAGGAACAACGUACUGAACCGGCCCGAAUUUCUAUCCCUGAACCAACCCCCCCGUAGGGACCAGGGGUCAGGAGAGGGACGGGGGAGCGGGGGUCCACGGAGGCCUGGGGUCAGACAGCAGAGUCAGCAGGAGGAUCCAGGGCUGAGGGGAUCGAGGGACUCCUCAGAGGGGGGCUCAGCAGCUGAUGGGGCGGUGAAGGAGGACUGUAUACAGCUCAAUCCUUCAUUUCGAGGAAUCGCCAUCAACUCUCUGCUUGCCAUUGACAUCAGCCUGUCAAAGCGUAUGGGUGUGUAUGCAGGGGUCCAUGGCUCCAGAGCCCCGCUGCGCUCCAUGAUUUCACUGCUGGCCCUCACCGGACACGCUCUCCCCUGGCUCUUAGGAACUCUGAUCUGUCUGUGGAGUAGCAACACAAUGGCCGGACAGGAAGUCCUCGUCAACCUGCUGCUGGCUCUGAUCUUGGAUCUGAUGACGGUUGCUGGGAUGCAGAAGCUGGUCAAACGCAGAGGACCAUGGGAUUCCCCCCCAGGGUUUUUGGACUACAUUGCCAUGGACAUAUACUCUUUCCCAGCUGCCCACGCCAGCCGAGCCGUCAUGGUUUCCAAGUUCCUGCUAAACCACCUGGUGCUGGCGGUGCCCCUCAGGAUCCUGCUCUACCUGUGGGCCCUCCUGGUAGGCGUGUCUCGGGUGCUGCUGGGUAAACAUCACCUGUCAGAUGUUGGUUGUGGAUUUGCCCUCGGCUUCCUGCAUUUCAAUCUGGUGGAGUCUGUUUGGUUGGACUCUGCCACCUGCCAAACCCUCAUCUCCAUAGGCACUCUGCGCUGGACUCCACUUGUAUGAACUGGUUUGGACUGGUUCAGCUAGGUGUAUAACUGUUCUGUCUGGACUCUGAUGUCCACCAGAUGCUUGUGUGAAAUGGUGCACAUGGGACAUAUUUUUUAAAGUGGCUGGAAUUUUAGUUCUUAAAGAAUUUGGACUGGUCUGAUUGGAUUCUCCAGUUUCAAAUGCUGGAUACUUUUUGCGAAGACCAGUUUUGGCUGGUUUCAUCUGGUCCAGCUUGAUUCUUUACCUGCCAGAAACCCUCUAACUUUAGAAGGUUGCAUUAGUAAUUGCUACAACUGCUUUAAUUUGUACAACCACCUGAAUAUUUACAAGACUUACAAGUUGCUCUAUCUCAACAUCAAUGCUAUAAGAGUUAGCUCAAAUGUAGCAGACUGCUGUGACAAAUAACAAACAGUAGUUAUAGUUAGCUAACAGCUUUAACGAUUAGCUGACUUUACUGCUAUGGACUGAUGCAAUGCUUAGCUACUGCUUAGCUCAAAGCUCUCACAGUAUCAGACUAAAACUAUGAGUUGGCUAAAUGACAGUCAUCACACCCAUUAAAAGUUCACUAACAGUUUGCCCGCUGCAGUUACCUUAAAGCUCUAGCCUACUUAGCGUUUUGGAUCGGUGCAGAAAUCUUUUUAAGGAGUCAGGGGGACCAGGACCUGCCUGGUUUCAUUGGUUGUUUACAGACCUGUUGCAGGAACCUUUGAGACAUUUCGAGGUUUACCCAAAGGACUAGCUUUGAUUAUAAAAAAUAAAAAAACACACACACUGUGUUAUUCGGUGUGCAGCUGUUGUCUUUGUGUCUCAGGGAUUUUAAGCUUUCUAACUCUGAGCAACUGCAGAAAACGAAGCGCUCAGUAUUUCUCAGACCCAGUGUACAGUUUAGCCUACUCAGUAGGUUCUGUAGCAUGCUGUUGGGACAUAAUGGAUAAAAAUGUAUGCCCACUGCUGUUUUUUUUAUUGUGGUUUUUUCCAUUGGUACUUUACAAAGAGUUGCAACCUGUAACUUCUCACAGAAGAAUUGUCGUCUGCUUUGUGUAAAAUUUGCCAGUUUACAUCGGACAGGGUAUAAUUUUACUUCACUCUUUACUUCACAUUUGAAUGUCAACAUUAUAGCACUAUUGGAGCCGGAUCUGUGGCAUCACAAAGAUAUUUUACCAACAUGGCACUUAAAUUUAGGAACAUGGAUGCUGUCUUUUUUUUAUUUACCCACUGGAAGAAACACGUUUAA